AGGCAUCAUCAGAUCGCUCGCUGAAGCUCUAGCAAUUUAACGAUCGCGAUCGUGGAAGUUAACGUAGAGCCGUUUGAUCUUGAUCAAACGGCAUACGUCCUCCAGUCUCCCGAUUUCGGGGAUUAGCGGCAAUUAUCCGAUUUUAUUCGCCCUAUAAUUCGAGACCCUUCCUUUCGCUGGCUUCGCUUCAGAGGUUUUAAAAAAAAAUAAAAGGAAGGGUUUCAUAGAGAGGAGGGAGGAAGAGAUCGUUUGAUUCGUUCCUUUUUGAUUCUUCGCGACGGAUAAGGAUCGAUGGCGAACGACGGCUUGAAGUGGGACGGAUUGCUCAAGUGGAGCCUUGCUCAAACCGAUGGGACCAAACCCUCUCGCAAUCUCAGUGAGGAGGAUCGGAAGUGGUUCAUGGAGGCGAUGGAAGCCCAGACGGUUGAUGUUGUUAAACGAAUGAAGGAGAUUACUCUUGUUAUGAAUACUCCAGAGGACGUUUUGGAGGCUCAGGGCGUCAUGCCAGAAAAUAUUGAAGAUAUGUUGGAUGAGCUACAAGAGCAUGUUGAAUCUAUCGACAUGGCUAAUGAUCUUCACUCGAUUGGUGGUUUGGUUCCUCUACUUGGUUACUUGAAAAAUUCCCAUGCUGGUAUUCGAGCAAAGGCUGCAGAAGUUGUAACUACCAUUGUGCAAAAUAAUCCCAAGAGUCAACAACUUGUAAUGGAAGCUAAUGGACUAGAAUCCCUCCUGUCAAAUUUCACAUCAGAUCCUGAGAUAACUGUACGAACAAAAGCUCUUGGUGCACUAUCCUCAUUGAUUCGGCAUAAUAAGCCCGCGAUUGCUGCAUUUCGUAUGGCAAAUGGCUAUGCAGCUUUGAGGGAUGCACUGAACUCAGAAAAUGUCAGAUUUCAAAGGAAGGCUCUCAAUCUGAUUCAGUACCUGCUCCAUGAAAACAACGCAGACUGCAGUCUCGUUACAGAACUUGGAUUCCCUCAGCUCAUGAUGCAUCUAGCUUCCAGCAAUGAUUCAGGUGUGCGGGAAGCUGCUCUAGGAGGUCUUUUAGAGCUAGCUCGUUGCACUACAUCAGGAAAUGGUAGUGCAUUAGCGGAAGAAGAGCUGAGACAGGUACUCCAAAGCCGAAUUGAGGGCAUCAACUCUAUGAACUCUGAUGAUCUUGGGGCUGCUAGGGAGGAGAGACAACUUGUGGACUCCUUGUGGAGCACAUGCUACAACGAACCAUCCUCUCUUCAAGAGAAGGGUCUUGUCGUGCUUCCAGGAGAAGAUGCAUCUCAGCCGCCACCUGAUGUUGCUGGAAAGCUUUUUGAACCACCACUUCGGGCACGGGCAGCACAACCCAUGCCACAGGGUUCAAACUCCACAAGUGAGAAUAAGGAGAGGCCGCUGUCACUAGGCCCUGGAGCUGUGGAUGAGGGGUCUAGCGCACACCAUGAUGGCCCUGCUUCAGAUGGUGGAAGAGUGGAACCUUAAAGAUGGGGGAUUAGGUGAGUUUGCAGCGACUGACUGUUGUUGGUUCUGGGAAUGUUGUCUGUAUUAGAAAGUAUUGCACGUUAAUGAAAUGACGUCGGAUAAAAGGCAAAAUUUGAGAUGUGUACAGUCGUGUCAAAAUGUACGUUGCUGCUCUUAUCAUUAGCUGUUAUCUAGCUGUUACGGAACAAAGUUAUUUGUAUGAUGAACUCAUAAUGUCCUUGUUAAGCUGUAAAGGGGUUCUUGGUUCUUUCUUGGACGUGUCAUGUUGCUGGAAUUAGAUGAACUGAGAUUAU